AUGUUCAAAUUCAUCUGUCUAUUGGCUUUUGCAACCGGCACUUAUGCUGCCAGCAUUGGAGCGGACGUCAAAGCGACCACGGAGAGACAGAUUGUAGAGCUGCUGAGAUACGAGGUGGAUAAGCAGCCCGACGGCUCAUACCACUACUCCUACGAGGGCGCAGACAAAAGCUUCCGUGAGGAGACAGGUGUGGCCAACAACGUUGGCACGGACGAGGAAGCCCUCGAAAUUAGCGGAUCGUACCGUUACAUCGAUGCUGAUGGAGUGCUCAUCGAGGUGCACUAUACGGCCGGCAAGAAUGGUUUUGUACCCGUGGGAACCAACAUUCCCGGCGAAAUCUCCGCUGCAGCAAAGGCAGCUGCUGAACUCCCCAAUGUAGUCGAUGAACAGGAGUACAGACGCAAGGCACGCUCCCAGGCUGAGGAGCCCACAGUCGCUGAAUCGGAAAAUGUGCCAGCCCAGGUGGUUGUGGACAAAACUGAGGUCAGCAGCGAUGUCAAAAGCAUUGCUGAGAAAAGCGCUGAAUCGGAAAAUGUGCCAGUCCAGGUGGUUGUGGAGAAAACUGAGGUCAGCAGCGAUGUCAAGAGCGUUGCUGAGGAAAGCCACCAAGCCCCCGUCGUUCCUGAGACCACGUCCACGUGA